GCUUUUGUAAUCACCGUAUCCAAAAUUAUCAAAAUCACAACUAAAAUUUCUACUGUGAUCACCGAACAGUGAUUGCUUUCGAACUGCUAGUGCUACAGUGAUCGAAUUAGAAACACUGAACUAUGUACUGUGAUCGAACAAAAACACUGAACUUUUCUAUAGCUACUGUGAUCGAACUCAAAUUACUGAACUGCAAUUGCGAUUGUAAAUCACUGAUAUUUACAAAAAUUGAUCACAGUUGCUAUAUUUGAUUUUUCAAUCACAGUGAAAAAAUCACCGGUAGUGAAAUAUCGCUCAUCACUAGUCAUUAGAGGGAUUUGUGUUUUUUAAAAGAGAGUGAUUACAUUUGAUCAUGAAGAAUUGGAGUCGGAGACGUGAGAUGGCAUCUCGACCGAGGACUCAAUUUGGCAGCAUUUCCUUAAAUUAUUUGUGGAAUAAUUUAUGCCGCUACAACAACAAUAACACGACGUCGGGUGAAACCUGUAUGAUAUUGAAGUCUGUCUUUGUAGUUCUGGUCGUCUAAACUUUAUUGUGUUCCUCAAAGUAGUAUGAUGAUCACUGCUUUGUUAAUAGUUUUGAAAGACGUCUAACUGUUAAGGAGUUGGAUGGAUAUGGAUAAUCCCUCUGUUAUUGAAGUAAAUAAUUAUACACCCCAUAACAGUGGUGUCCAUAAGACCCGAACGGACGCCGAUAAUCCAAUCUAUCAAGAAAUUUUGAUUGGAGAAUGUUUUCUGCCGUAACAACAGACGAAACUGGAUCAUUAAAUACAAGCCCAUAAAAAAGUGAUCUUACGGAAUAUCAAAAUUUAAAAAUUUCCUGUAAUGAACUGAAUAUGCCUAUGGUAGUGUUUGCAGUCUUUCAUGGAAGUCUUUUGGUAGCUAUAACGGACAAUUAUGAGUAGAUAAUAAAGACUACCACAUUAAACGCUAUGUAGCCUGACAAAUGUCAGUUGUUUGAUGGCAACAAAUGAUUACACGCUUAAAAUAUCACAGUGAGAGAAGACUAUGUGAAAAGAAUCCGUGAAAACGUAAAUACGUUCCUUCAAGUUCGACUAGAAGAGAGAAUUUCAUGGUUAGAUUAUGGCAAAGUCGGGACUGGUAGAAAAGCUUUAUUAACUUUAACUAAGUGAAUAUUUAUUUUUUAUCCAAUAAACCACCCUAUUUAAAAAGCCGGUAGCUGCUCUUAACCCCAACAGCUGACGUCAGUUCGCCAUAGCAACACACCUUCGACGUGGAAAACAAAUCAACAAUUGCAACGAAUAGCUGUACAAUUUUCACUUGUUCCACAAUUCAACACGGACAGCUGUGUCAGUUCACAACGCGUUAUGCAAAGCCAUUGUACGUCAUGUCGCUCUUCAACGUUUGCAACUGGUGGCACACACAGUGCUCCGACCUGGAGGAGAACUACGAUGUGGCCAGCUUGCUGUGCGCGCGCUUAGGACUCGAUGAGCAUGAGAAGGAUUAUGUGUUAGUUGGAUCGCAUAGUGGAAAUUUGAGUAUUUUCAAUCCGCGUCUAGAACAAAAUCGACACAUAGAAGAUGGCAAUGCAUUUCGACCAACCGAUUUGUUGUUGGAAGUGAAUCUGAAGCAGCCCAUACUGGGCAUAUAUGCGGGACGUUUCAGUGGUGGUCAAAUGGCUGAUGAGAAGCAUAAUCAACUCGCUGUACUGCAUCCACGUUCGGUGGUCAUCUACAAGCUGAACUCCAUUGGUGGCGUUGCUGAGCAUGGCGCUCAAUUGCGUCUGCAAUCCUUAGCUGACUAUAAGUUGAAACGUGGCGCUUUGGCUUUGACGAAGGGCUCAUUUGGGCGUGUCAAGGGACGUGAGUUCUUCUGUAUUACUCACUUGGAUGGCACGCUGACCUUUCACGAACAGGAUGGCAUUUUGUAUGAGUGUCAAUUACCCGGUAAUCGUGCGCUGCCUGUGCCGGUGGUCUAUUGUGAGCGCACCGAUAGUUUCUUCCGUUUCACAGCGGGUUGGAAUUUGGAGUGCUUUACCUAUCAAGAUCUUUCCCACUCCUCGCUCAAUCGCUCUGAGUUCAAGCCGUCUUGGUCAGUGUGUAUUGGUGAAGGUAUUGUGGAUAUAUGUGUGGUACAGGCGAAGUCCAAUUCCGCUUCGAUUAUGAUAUUGGGCGAGCGCAAUUUUAUUUGUCUGACUGAUGAUGGUUUGGUGGACUUCAUACUGAAACUGGACUAUACCCCAAGAUGCUUUUAUUCGUUUGUGGUCGGCUAUUACUGGGAGCCCGGCGCACGCUUAAUCACCGCAAUCGCUUCCGAUACGGGAAAACUCUUCAUUUACGAGGGCGCCAAUAUCAUUUGGGCUGCUCAGUAUAAAGAUGACCCGCCGGUAGCAAUACAACGCGCUAAUUUGAAUGGUUUACCUGGUGGUAUCGUAGCGCUCGGUUCCACUGGACAAUUGCGUAUUGGUUACCUUGGCUCCGAACCAUUUGUCUUCAAAGUACCAUCGGUCAAUAUGGAAGAUCUAAGCUUUACGGAGGCACACAAAGAGUUGCAACAAUUGGAGGAAGAAAUCAAAGCGGCGGUGGAUGUGACAGACCUGGAAGAUAUCGACAAACGUGCGGCGGAAGAUGUACGCGUACAAUUCACUAUCAACACUGAGACUAGUGAGGAAGCGGAUAUGCUGCUCUUAGAUGUACCCGCACAUGUUGCGGUCAAGGAGCUGCCCGCCUGUACGGGCAUGCUGAAGUUGAGGUGCAAGAUCGAGUUGGCGGAGUUACAGGUCGUUUUCAACACAGCUGAGGGAGUGCGUUGUAGUCAGGAUACGCUCACGUAUGUUGACAUGACGGCGGGGCAAGUGGAGACACUGGAGUUGGAUUUCUAUGUGGACGAUUUGUUGCAUUUGCAUACGGCGCGCGUAGAUGUCGUUGUAUCUUUCAUAAGUGUUAAAGGCAUACCACGCGUCUUACAACAGUCCGCCUAUUUACCACUCAGCAUGUUCUACAAGACGCGCCAGCCGCAGAAGUCUGCUAGCAUAAAACUAACCUAUAAUAUUAUGUCGAAGUCAUUGACACCCAAAUUAUCCACAUUCUUUCCGGAGUUCGUAACUUCGGAAAGCGAAUCGCAUGCGCUGGGACUUCUUAUGCUCUGUCCAGGCGAUGAGAAAUCUGAAGAGAUUGUGACCAUUGUUCUAGCGAAGAACUCAAAUCGUAUAAGAAUACAAUCAGAUAGUUUGGAAACAUUUCCAAUGAUAUUGGAACGCAUAAUGCAUGUAGCUUUGGAGCAUACCCAAGACUCGUUUGCAUCGAAAGGAAAACGUGUCAAAAAUGCGAUUAAUUCUAAAGUGAAAACAUUGAUGGCCAAUCCAGUGUUGCCCAUUCACGCAAUUUUAAGUAAAAUUGAUCUGCAUCGUGACACCCAAGAGAAUAUACACACACAAACGCUGGAACUUGAUAAACUGUUGCAACAAUUUAAGACUCUGCAACGUAAGCUGCAAGAUCAGCCUGAGGAUGAGUCCAAGGAAACUUUGGUGAUGCAAAUAGAAGAGAACUACGAUCAUCUGAUUGCGGAAGGUGAUAAGCUAAUGGAAAUAAGAAAGUUGGAAAAGAUACAACGUUGUGAUCUCACUUGCGCCAUUUCUGUGGCCACUUCACUUAUUGGUGCUCUACGCAUGGAAGAGAAAUUAGUGAAUGUUAUUUGUUCAGUACUUUGUACGCCGAUUGAGGAUUGGACAGAGCUGAGUUGGGAGGAAUCAAUGUCGCCCGGCAUCGAUAUGCUCUAUCAUUAUGGUCCCUUAAAUCGUGUGAAGAAUAGUGAGGGCAUAAAUGCUAUCGAAACCAAUGUGACGCAUGAAAAUUUCGAUUAUAAUCGCUUUAGACGUCACAUACUCUCCAUAUUGGAACGCAUACAACGUAUUGCUGCAGCGGAAGAGGCGACUGCCGAAGAAACUCCGAAAGCUGCGGUAGCUGAACGCGCUCAGCCAAAAGAAGUUGAUAUAAGUGGACUUAGUGAGCUACUCGAAGUGCUGCCCAGUGAACACGGUUUAACUAAAAGCCGUAUGGUAAAACGUAGCACUUUGGAGGCGGUAGAGGAUGAUGAAGAAGAAGAUGAGGAUGAUUUGCGUAAAGUUGGCUUUAAAAAGGAAUAUGGUAAUCAACAGAAUAAGUCGGGGGAAAACUCAGAGUGGGUGAAUGAGAAUUAUGAGUUGCCGACAUCAGAGGAAUUAUUCAGUGAUUUGGGUAUUUGGUGGUAGAGGGUUCACGUUUUUGCUGUUGUUGUUUUUGCGUGGAGAGUAUGAUGAGUCAGUGGAUAUUCGAAGCAUUCGACAUGUAACACGGAUGAAGUGCUACAAUAGAAAUUCCAAUAGUCAACAAAGUCCCCAUAGUCUUAUGUUAGCCACGAAUAGAUCGAUGAACUCUACAAAUUUUAUAUCGAACUCAUUUAUAGCAUUUCAAAGGGGCAAUGGUAAAUAUUGCCAGUUGCCAAGGGUAAACAUUUAAUCGUAUGCCAGUUGUCGAGGUUGUUUGAACCUUUGAGCUUUGAGAGAUCAAAGCUGAAUCUUAUAUCUAUCCAAAGUAAUUCUGUAUUCACAGGAGGGGUCGGAUCCCCAUCUCGAGGAUCAUCUAAAGAUUCUAACCAUACGUGGGUUAGGGUCAGCCAUCCGAAUGUAUCUUUUUGAGUGGUUAACUACUCAAUGAUAUUUAAUGUUCGUACAAUUGUUCUCUACAAGUCCCUCAUCAUUCCCGUCCUACUUUAUGGUGCAGAAAGCGUGGACAGUAUCAACAUCCGAUGAGACGGCACUAGGAGUUUUCGAGAGAAAGGUUUUGCGGAAGAUUUAUGGUACCUUAAACAUUGGCAACGGCGAAUACCGCAGAAGAUGGAGUGAUGAGCUGUAUGUGUUGUUCGACGACAUAGACAUAGUCCAGCGAAUAAAAAGACAGCGGCUACGCUGGCUGGGUCAUGUUGUUCGAAUGGACGAAAGUGCCCCAGCUCUGAAAGUUUACGUUGCAGUACCCGCUGGUGGAAGUCGAGGAAGAGGGAGGCCUCCACUCCGAUGGAAGGACCAGGUGGAGAAGGAUCUGUCUUCACUUGGUAUUACCAAUUGGCGCCAAACUGCCAAAAGGAGAGAUGCGUGGCGCGCUGUUGUAGACUCGGCUAUAACCGCGUAAGCGGAGUCUACCCCAGCCAAGAAGAAGAAGAGAAUUGUUCGUAGAAUGUUCGUGUUGAUUUACGCGAAGAAAUCAAGAGAUCGAUAACAAAUAGGGAGAGAAGUUCGGCAAAAUAUUGUCUAACUAUGUUUAAAAGCGUUCAAGAGAGUUAUCAACAUGGAUAUUUAAAUCGUCGAAAAAAUUUCGCUGAUACAAAUAAUCACUGACUUAUCAAACUAUCCUCGUACUUUCAAUGUAUACUGUUAAUAUUAAUCAGACAUUGUACCCGCGCUUUCAAUAAAUAAUAUUUAAUUAAAUUGCUUGUAAUUUUCAAGUAUUUUAGAACGUCUUUAUGUACUCUCAAUAAAUGUUAACUUAUUUACAUAUUUUGUUUUUGUUCUCGUACGUCUACUUUGAUAAUUAAAUAUACAUGCAGGUCUCAAUAAAUCCUCAUCUAAUUGCUAAUGAGUCGAAUAGAUUAUAAAGCAAAAAAUUAUAACAAUAAUUAAAAGCUACAAAGCGAAGGGGAUUAAAGCGCGCUUAGUGCAUCAACCCAGUUAUAUCGUAUUGUCACACAGUAAGCAAUAA